CCAGAGGUUGCCCAUGAUGCACCAGAAAUACAAGACACUUCCGGUUCGGGAAAUUUUAUUUUGCGGAAAGGAUUCAUUUUGUUGCUUUCCACCUGGAUUUUACGUUUCUAACGCUUUACUCCUAUUUUAUUGGGAUUUUAUGACGCGGUUUUUGUUAAUUGAACCCUGCUACGUGUUUCCUGAGGAAAACGCGGCUUAUUUAUGCACGAAAUGACGCAUAUAUUACGGCGAGGUCCCGUGGGAUGGUUUGAGGUCGCCUGAUCAAUCGCUCUUCCUCCGAACGUCAGUUCACGUCAUCGGGCGUCACAAGAUCAGCGGCGGCUCGACAAGACAACCGGCAGCUCAAAAAUUGUGGCCUGGAUUUGGAUUUACCAGAAAAGCAUCGCCAUGGUGCCAGCAUGCGCUACAAUGCCAGGGAGUUAAUGCUCAUAGCAUCGGAGAAACCAUCUUACUUUUUCGACAAAGAGGGGCUGCUGAUAUUCAGGGAAAGGGAGCACUUCUGGAAAAACAAAGCAGUAAAUGUAGAAAGAUGGUGUCGACUGAAGGGCAACUUGCUGUUUUACAUGAAAAGCAAAGAUAAGUUCUCGAGUCCGCUCGGUGUGUUUGUCCUUGAGCGGUGUACAGUCAGCUGCAGCACCUUCCCAAACCCUGAGCUGUCCUUCAAAAUACAGUUUGAGUUGGACCCGCAGGUGCAGUACCUGACCACCCAUUCCCAGGAGGACCGGGACACGUGGCUCGCAGCCCUGCAGAACUCCAGCAUCGAGGCCCUGAGGGGCCGCUUCGAGUCCCUGAGAGGGACCAUCAUGGCCAAGACGGGGCAGGACCCUGUCCCCGGGCCGGAACCCCCCGGCCUGCUCAACGUGAAUGAGCCGGCAGAAAGAUUAGGAAUCCAUCUGCACCCAGAUGAGCCUAUACUGGAGUUGUCGUUAGCGUGCAGUGAGCUGAUCACACCACGUGACGACCGACGACCCAACAGUUACGUCCAGGUCAGCUACGUCACACCUCCAGGAGGGUUCUGGACCAAACACUCGCAGACGGAGAUCAUCGAGGCGACCAGCACGCCACUCUUCAUGACCACGGUCGUCUUCACCGCCGGGUCCCGCCUCACGGUCAAUACACGGGUCAAACUCUCCGUCUGGGACGUCAAGGACCGGGCCACGUCCACCAUGUACGAGAUAGGCAGCGCCAUGUUCCCUGUGAAAGACAUUUUGCACGCCGACGACCACCGCCUGCAUUUGCCGCUGAAAUCCUCGGAGGGGAACACGGUUGGCUACAUCACGAUCCUGUCCUGGGAACUGUCUGAGAAAACACCCCUGCCCAUUUCACGCUCACCCUCACCAUCCAACAAGAGAGUGCUGGCAGUGGACGAGUCGUUGUUUGAGCCAGUAUCCUCCAAUGCCAAGUACUGUUCUCUCAGUAGAGAUGUAGUGCUGAAGGCCCUGUAUGAGAGUACCACCACCAAGACCUAUCGCUUCCCCACCACAUCAGGAUCAACGUUAAGUGUUCAGGAGUUUAUGGCUGAGACCAAGCUUUCUUUUCACAUUCCCAUCCAACUUCUCAAAAUACUGAUUGAUGAAGAGAAACAGCAAGUUGUUGAACUUGAAGACUUGGGGAAGCUGACGCCCCACUGGGAGCAGGUGAGGAAGAGUCUACUGGACCACCAUCUCCACCUGGUACAUGAGUACACGGAGGCCCUGCAUGGCCUGCAGACAUACAGGGGCCCUGCUUUCAAAGCCAGCUGCCUGAAGGAGGACAAGCGGUUUGAGUUUGUGCCACUAAACCUUCACCUGCAGAGGAUGAGGGUUCAGCUGUUAGAGGAAGAGAUAGAUAAUGUGUAUGACAUAGUGACAGUAGGGGCCAUGGCAGCCCACACACAGGGCUUCAAACAGGGCGGACUCAAGAAACUACUGGCUUCACAUGAGGACGUGUACAGUCCUAAAGGGUCAGGGUCAGGGUCCAGUCCCGGCCAGAGCCACUCGGCCAAGGCUCGAGACCUGCUGUCCAGUAUCCAGGCCCUGAAGACACAGAUCAUGUACUACAGUGAGAGCCUGAUGAGAUCAGCUAAGGACCUGGCACCGGGAGACAUGAGAAGGGCCCUGGACAGUCUGACGGACAAGACCCGACAGCUGGUGACAGUCUGUGAGGACAGGUUACUAGACUACGCCAUCCACUCCCUGAAGGCUGCGCGCCCGGACUACAUCGCCACCACGCCUAACGAUGAGGGUGACUCAGUCACACUGACCACCGGAACUGAGGAUGACCCCACAGCCAAGUGGACUUGGGAAGGGGACAGUUUCAAACCUAAAUCAUCACAGUCAUCCUGGGAGGAUACCCUGAUGAAUGUGGACAAGAGUUUGGACUGUAUCAUCAAGAAAGUGGACCAGAUGACUCAACAGGAGCCUCCUGCUAACCUGAUCAACAGGACACCAAAAAAAGGCAGAAAAACGUCAGAAUGGAGUGAAGCCCUGUACCCCCUCCAGCAGACACUGACCCAGUGUGUCACCCUGCUGACAGAGAAAGUACAGCAGAGUCUCACCUUUCUGCUGCUGCAGGAUACAAAUCUUGAUUGCUGGCUUGAGACCCCAAAGAAGAAAAGACUCACCGUUUACAAAAUGGACCAGUCCGAAACUUCUGAAUCUGAUGAAGCCACUUCAGAAAUGGAGACCAGCUGUGUGUCCUCCAAGCUCCAAGAACUGCAGAACCGACGAGACAUUGUCUUCUCACAAGCAUUGUCAGCGGUUGUGGCUGGCUUCAUCACCAAACUGCGAACGUCUCUGAAUGAUGAGAACUUCUUGCGUCAGCUGUACCUGGUCGGUCUGCUGGUGCACUAUGAAAGCCUGCUGUCACCUCAUGCCGAUGAGUUAGGAAUGCUGGAGGACAUGGUUGUUGGGAUUAACGACCUUCGCAACGUCACGUUCAAGAUCGUUCCCGCCUCGUCAACUUCCACUCACGAUCUCCUACCAGUUCUCACAGGCACAAGGACAGGGAUUAACGUGCGCAUCCCGCUGCCCCCUGGCUUGUACGGCCUGCUGCCUGCGGAGAUCAGAAGUGGGAUGCUGCUGAGAAUACAGCCUGUCCUCUUCACUGUCGGCAUCAACGAGAAGGCCACACUGGCUGAGAAAUUUGGGAACACAUCUCUACAAGAGAUCGUGAACAUUGAAAACUUCAGUCGGUUGAACUCCUACUAUGAGCAGUACAUGGAGAUGAUGCCAGCACCAGCUGAUGUUGACCAGCCGCACCAGACCAGACUGGCCGGUCUGCUCCAGUUCUUACAGAACAACGUGCACAUCCGCAAGAGCAAAAAUGUGGAGAUCCUUCAACAGAGCGCUGAGAUCUGCAGACGUCUGAAUGGUGUGCGAGUCACGGGUUGUAAGAGUGCGAAGGACAGGACCGCCAUGUCUGUCACCCUGGAGCAGUGCACAGUCCUGCAGCUAGAGCACAUGAUGGCGCCACAGAUAUUCAACAACGCACUGGACUGUAUGCGAAGUGAAGGCUGUCGUCGUGAGAACACGAUGAAGAACAUCGGAUCCCGCAAGUACGCUUUCCACUCCUUACAGCUUAUGGCCUUCCCCAAGAAUUACCGCCCCCCUGAGGGCACCUAUGGAAAUGUUGCCACGUAGUGCACGAAGGGCACAGUGGGGAGGGAUGCCAUGGAGUGGAAGGAAUUACCUACUCUAGCUAGCACAAAAUACAGUAGGCCUGAAAGACAUUAAAAAGAUGCAUUAUAUGAACCCUUCACUACAUGCAUUUUUAAGUCCACUCAUGUGAUGAUGUGAUCACGCAGUAACACAUUAUUAGCUAAUGAUGUAGAUUACAUUUGUACAUUGUACAAGGUAACAUCACUUCAUCCUCUGGCUAACAUUUGUUAACAAUAAUUCACAUGUCUGUAACAAAUUUUAAAGUUUAAGUGUUCUGUGUACUGUUGGGCAUCAGUGUCCCAGGUUGGACAACUAAUAAUCAUAUAAAAACAGAUAGUAGAAAUCCAUAGUGUAACCAUUAGCCAUGGGGCCAUUUGCUCCAAAAAAAUUACUAAACAGAAGGAUUUAUUCAGGAUCUGUAGGACUGGUAUAAAACAAAAGCAGUUCUUGGCCAACCAGGCCAGAGAAGAGGUAUCUUACAUAUAGAUUAAGAUUAUCAAAGGUAUAAACCCAUGCAUUACUUUAUACAUGUAGCCCAUUUGUACAUUGAACCAAGGAGCUUAAAAAUCACGUGAUUCUUAAGCUCCUUGGUUUAACAUGCGUAUCUUGCAGGUUGGACUGUUGAAAAUGUAACCCAUAUAGUUGACAGUUUUAACACUCAAGGACUAUCCAGAGAAAAUGUAUGGCCAAUACUUCUCAUGUGCUUAUUCAUGAUCACUGAUAUAGGAUCAUACAUUGUGCUUCAUCAUGUGGCAAUGUUGUAGAGUCUGACAAUGUAGACCAUCAUUAUAAGUAUGGCACACAUAGACUAACUCUCAUGACAUCUGUAUAAUCCAGGAGCUUGAAGAUCGCAAUUUUUAGCUCCUUGGUAUAAUGUAACAUCGUGAGUGCAAUUCACCAAUACAUUCACCAGAUGAUAAUGUACAAAAUAACAAUCAUAGAUAGGUGUGUAUAGCAAGCAUGGAUAGACACAGUACUUAAGAAAUUUAGUAGCAAUGUAAAACCUCAAUAUCAAAGUUGAUAAAUGCCAAUAAAUGUGUAGUUAAUAACUAUAGAAUAAGAUACAUGUAUAGACUUAUAUACACAUAAAUGCCUGUGUAUACAUGUAUGUGAUGUAAAACUGUGUACAGUGUGUAUAACCUAGUGGAAAUCAAGGUUUGGGGCAAUAUUGUUAAAAUUACUGCAUGUAACUGUGGCAUUGCAUUUUCUAUUGCAUGUUUGAACCCUGCUUAGAUUAAGAGUGGUUUGUUCAAUCACAGUUUUUAAGUAACAAACUUCUCUUUGGCUUGGUUCUGAAAAUGGGGAAGAAACCCAGUUCAACUAGAGUUUAGAAUAAAAUAUUCUAAGCACUGUUGUUUUAAAAAUUAUUAUCAGAAAAAUCUUCCUUCGGUCCUAGUUCCAAACAGGGUCCUGUUCAUUUUUAAUAAACAUUUUAGAUUGCACAAAAUGAAGAGCUUAAAUGUUAAUUAAAAGUAAUAUGUAAACUGUGGAAAUUGCCAUGUUGUGAGUUGAAAGCGAGCUGUUGGUUGUGUCUGUGUUGGUGAGGCUGUGUCCUUCUCCGUUCACAGUGUUGUUUCCAUGGCGAUGGCACUAGAGCAUCCCCGGGACGCCUUACACACGUGUGUUCGGUCCCUCCUCUGGUACUACUUGCAUUCCUUUGUGUAGCCAUGGUGAGUUUAUCAGGUAGAGCAUAUACAUAUAAGACUAGGAGUCAAGAAAAAAACUUAAGCUAUCACUUGAUAUACUAUGCGAGAGAAAAAAAUUCUUGUAUGAAUUGUCUAAUUUGGAGUUUUUGAAUUUAUUAUUUUUUUUACCUGGCAAUGUCUAUAGCUAGUUAUCAAUCUUUUUUAGCACAAAUUUUGUUGAUAUUUUUUAAAGGGUUUUUAUUUUUGGUACACAUGCUACUGUUUUGUGGUCUCCAAAUACACCAUUAUAAUUGCUUUUAACAAUAGAUGAACUGUUACUUCUUACUAAUCUAAUUUGGGAAAGUUGUGUGCAAGGGCUUGUUGUUGACAAUGUGAAGUUUACUGGGUGCACAGUUGCUAAUACACGUAAUAGCAAUGACAGCCAUGAUAGACACAAUAGUGAGCUGAUAGGUCUCUAUCUUUAUCAGUGGAAAACAGUAUUCCUAUAGUUGUAGCAGAACAACAUGUUGUGUACUGUUGGGACCAUGUAACUUUUAUAUCACUGGCACAUGUACAAAAAAUGCCAUGAUUUGCUUCCAUCGUUUGUCAUUAGUCAUGUGAGCAUUACACAUGUACAUGAAAUCUUGAUGCUAGCCAAGCAAAUUUGUACUAAUUUUGAUUGCAUGUAUACAAGUAAUCGGAACCAUCCUGUUGACUGUACAUUACAUACAUGUUGAUUCAAAGGGGAAUCUGAACAGUUUCUGGAGCUGAGAAAUUUUGUGUUGUAACCUAAGAAAUGCAGCAAAGCUCGUUAGGUUUGAGUGAAAACAAAAGAACCGAGAAGGGUGAGAGAAAGAGUAUGCGACCUAUGAUUGAAAAUAUGGAAAGCAAAGGGCAGAAUGAUAGAGGAUGGGUGAGAAAUUAAACCUUCUUCCUGCUGCCUAACCCUGUAUCCAAUACACCAAAAGGCCAUGGCUCAACAGGAAGAAGGUUGAGCAGUAUGGAGCUGAUU